GACAUAGCUGCUGGAGAAGAGGUUGCCAUCAAAUUGGAAUGUGUCAAAACCAAACAUCCUCAACUCCACAUAGAGAGCAAAAUUUACAAAAUGAUGCAAGGUGGAGUGGGCAUUCCCACAAUCAAAUGGUGUGGUGCUGAAGGUGACUACAAUGUAAUGGUGAUGGAAUUGCUAGGACCAAGUCUUGAAGAUCUCUUUAACUUCUGCUCAAGGAAAUUCAGCCUCAAGACUGUUCUUCUACUUGCUGACCAAAUGAUAAGCCGAAUAGAAUAUAUUCAUUCAAAGAACUUCAUCCACCGAGAUGUAAAGCCGGAUAAUUUCUUGAUGGGAUUAGGCAAGAAAGGCAACCUUGUCUACAUCAUAGAUUUUGGGCUGGCCAAGAAAUAUCGCGAUGCUCGUACUCACCAGCAUAUUCCUUAUCGUGAAAAUAAAAACUUAACGGGAACUGCCCGCUAUGCCUCCAUUAAUACCCAUCUUGGAAUUGAACAAUCUCGCAGAGAUGACUUGGAGUCCUUGGGCUAUGUACUCAUGUAUUUUAACCUGGGCUCCCUCCCCUGGCAGGGAUUGAAGGCAGCUACAAAGAGACAGAAAUAUGAACGCAUCAGUGAAAAGAAAAUGUCCACUCCCAUUGAGGUUCUGUGUAAAGGAUACCCUUCUGAGUUUGCUACCUAUCUGAAUUUCUGCCGCUCGCUGCGUUUUGAUGACAAACCGGAUUAUUCAUAUCUAAGACAAUUAUUCAGAAAUCUCUUCCAUAGACAAGGCUUCUCCUAUGACUAUGUAUUUGAUUGGAACAUGCUCAAAUUUGGUGCAAGCCGAGCAGUAGAAGAUGCUGAGCGUGAAAGAAGAGAGAGAGAAGAAAGAAUGAGACAUACACGCAAUCCAGCUGUUCGUGGAUUACCUUCCACUGCCUCUGGGAGGCUAAGAGGGACACAAGAUGUAGCUCCACCAACUCCUCUUACUCCAACUUCACAUACAGCGAAUACAUCUCCUCGGCCAGUUUCUGGAAUGGAGCGAGAACGGAAAGUGAGUAUGCGAUUGCAUCGUGGGGCCCCUGUGAAUAUCUCCUCAUCUGAUUUAACAGGUCGACAAGAUACCUCACGCAUGUCAACCUCACAGGGUACAGAUUUUUAACAGCCAUGGACAUUUCAGUGACUUUUGCUAUAUAUACUCUGUGAAUCGUCAGCUCACAUAAAGAUCAUGUUUUUUUUUAACCACUGCAGAUCUUGGAAACCUUGUGCAAAUGAAUGAAUAUUAGUAUUUGUUAAAUUUGAUGAAGAAGAAUCAAUAAGCAUUCUUCCUUUAACGUAGAUCAGAUACAAUUUGUCCAGUAUUAGAGAUGGACAACAAACAGUGGUAGCCAGUCAUUUAGCAUUUUGUUUGAUAGUGCUUAGUCACACACACACACACACACACACACACACACACACACAAAACAGCAACAUGAAAUCCAGCAACCAACAGCUCUGAGAUCUUGACAUAAUUUAUGGUUGUAUUUCCAAAUAAAUCGCCACUGAAUGGGAAAUAGCUACCAGCUUUUGUCUGGUAUAAUCAUUGUCUGUAAUAACAUCUAUUGUAUAAGGAGUUUUUUGAAGAAUAUUAAAGGUCUGAAAAAAACUGAUUAAUAAGAGAUGGAAAUAGAAAAGAGUUUCUGGUGCUUUCUUUGUAUACUUGUGUAGUAGUUUGUUAGGUAUUGUUUACACAUCUCUGAUUUUUUUUUUCUUAGCACUUUGAAGAAUCCUUUUUAAUUUGAGAAGCAGCAAUGCUUUCUUAGAUUAUCUGUGGGCAUGUAUUAUUAUUCGAAACACAUAGCUAAAUUAGAGUAAUAGUGAAAUCUGAAUAUGUCUGCAGUAGUCAAGCACCUUGACUUUGGGACCAUUAAUAAGGACUUGAAUUUUUCCCAGAAAGCAUGUUUUGAAAUAUAUGUCAGACGUUCAAAGUACGUCUGUAUCAGGUUUCAACACAUCGUGUCACUGGCUAUAAAUUUAAAGAUUUUCAGUGUAUAAAGGCUAGCAUAGAAGAAUAUGCAUUUUCUGCAUUUUACAAAAGAAUAAUGUUAAUAUUAUCUGCUGUUUAUGUAUUUCUAAACAAAAGACAAACACUUACCAAGCUGUUGAAUAAUAUUGUUGUAAUUUUUUUGUUUUAUUUUACUAUGUGGUAUGUAAUCACAUCAGAUUGGAAGUUCAUAUAUAGCAGGCUACAAAACUGGAUUUUGACUUGAAGAUUGUUCAAUGAAAUAUUGGUCUUGGGAUCCUAUAUCUGCAUUCAAGUGUCUUUUUAAAAAGCUGGGAAUUUAGAAACAAUAAAUUUGAAUUAGAUGCUAAUAGGAGAACAUAUUAAAAUAUUUGGAAAGUUAGUCAGAAAACAAGUACCUUUCAGAGCCUUGAUAAAUUGAACUGUAAUUUUGUCAACUGAAGUGGUCAAGUAGUAAAAGUUUUUACAGGUGAAUAGGAUGGCAAUGUAGUUGUUUUAACUAUAAAAAAAUGAUUUUAGCAUCAGAGGCAAUAAAGAGGCUCAAAGAUUCCACUUUAACAGAAGUGGAAAACUCACCCAAACAAGAAUUAUGGGUGAAUAUAAAAGUAUAAACACAUCAGUGAUUACAAAUAAUCUGCCACACCCUGGCUGCAAAAAUUCAGAAGACCAUUAGAUACCAGCAAAGAAUCAUAGUUUGCUUUCUGCCCUUCAGUAACAAUUUGUAUUUUUCAUUUUGGGUAUGAGAAGCUCUACUGACAGACACUAUUGCUUGCAGUUAGAAAAGGAGAAAAGGAGGUGCUUAUUAGGAAUCCAGACAGAAUUAUAUUUAAUAAAUUUUCAUAGCAUUGCUCAUUAAGACCCAAUUAAUAAAACCUUAAUGGUUGAUAGUAAGCUUUUAUAGAUGAAAGAUAUGCAAUCUGAAUUUAUGCCAAAAGGAUAUUUGAAACAGAACAAUCACUAAAGCAAUACUAAAAAGAUCUCUGAUCAGAGAAUAACAUUUAAAGGAACAUAUAACUAAAAGUUUCAGCUCCACAGGAAUAUAGCUUUUAUUACCUAAUGCAAGCUUUUGCACUCAAGAACUUAAAUAACAUGACUACUUUCUGCAGGUCCAAAGUCUUUAACAUAUCAAUAAAGAAAUUAUUUAUCAUUGUAAUUAUAACUACUUAUAUAUUAUUUUUCUUGAAAUCUAUACUUUUUUAUAUUUAAGCAGAUGGUGGUCUGAAUAUAUUUCUGAAAUACUUGUUUCUGUUAUUUUUGGUGAGCAAUUAUUUCAGAAAAUACUUCAUUAUGCGUUACUCAAAGUUGUAAUAAAUAAAAUAGUGCUCUCCUUGUCUCUUUAAUACAAGGGCAUUUCCUUGCCUGCUGACAAAUAUAUUUAUCUCUAGGGCUUGAGUAAAUAUAUCCUAUGGCAAAUUUGCUAAUUUUGAAAAAUGAAACCUUGUGAGGUUUUGAGACUCUUUCUUUUAUCCUUUCAU